UUGCAUGAGUAUCUCGAGAAAUUUAUCGAAUAGAGUCAUUCUCACGUAGCAGUCACAUCACUUGUUUAUUCAGUCCGCAUAAUGAGAGAACAAUGGACAGUAAAUUCUGAUCUCAUUUUUGAGAAUUACCGUAAUCUGCGGAGUUGGUGUGAUGAACAGUCUCAAAUCGGUGGUCUUGUAUUUGGAAGACCGGCAAGGAAAGAAGUAGUUUUGGUGCUAUUUGCUGUAGCAGAGAAUCUCAACAGCUCCACCUUGGAAUUUGUACUGAACUGCUUGAGUGCAGAUGUUAGUCUCAUUGGUAAUGUUAGCAUCGACGGUGAAGAUGCUCCAUUGUUGGGAGAUGGAUUCACGCUCGUAACAAGCAGGGAAAUUCUGCAUAACAGCGACGCCACAACUUUUUUGGUUCAAAAUGAUCUCCUGAAACAUAGCUCUCUUGUAGCAGAUGGAUUGUCACUUAGAGCUCAGGUUGGUCUUUCCUUUGCUCUUCGCAGUGGUUGCGAGAGCGAGGAUCUCAGAAAUAACGCUGAGAAAUUUGUGUCAGGACUGAGACAAUUAGCGUUUGCCUCUGCUGACAGAGAACUUUUUCUGCGUCAAAAUAUGGACCGAACUUCAACCGAUAACCAGCGUCAGAAGUUGGAUGAUAAGUCGCGUGGUGCGCUACAGUAUAAGGAUUCAGUGGAACUUAGCUCUUAUCGUAGCCUUACAUCCAGCGAAAAAGACGACUCCGAAGACCAGAAGAUGGUGCCAAUUGUUCGUAUCACCCGAGACGGAACAAAAUACACUCGUGUCCGGAAAGCCCUCGAAGUCGCUGUCCCAGCUGUUUAUGGAGACGAUGCCAGUGCUUUAUAUGAACGACUGCUUGAAGGUGUACGGCGUAGAGUGUGCGGAAUGAUGAAUGUGAUGCUAGAUGGGUUGGCUAAUCAGGGUGCUGUUUAUCCCACGGUUUCACAUACUUUUCUUCCCACUGGCUGGUCAAGCCUUCUUCAUCUGGAGACUCCCAUAUGUAGCGAGAAAGAGCAGCAUUCAUUUCGCGUACGCUUACACAAGCUUUUCAACCUGCCGCUAAAUGCUCCUGCACUUCGCCCGGCUCAGUCCAUUUCAUUUGCACCCACAAAGCUAUUGCGCUCACCGCAUCUCCAAAUAAAAAAUUACAAACCGCGAGGAUUGGUAGCUACAGUGAAAGGUGAUUAUAACUACCAUCAUUAUAUGCAGGACGGAAUGGACGAUUCCGGGUGGGGUUGUGCCUAUCGAAGUCUGCAGUCAAUCUGGAGCUGGUUUAUCCUCAACGGAUUUACUGAUAAACCAGUGCCAACACAUUUGGACAUUCAAAAGUGUUUGGUGGAAAUCAAAGACAAGGAAGAGAAGUUCAUUGGCAGCAGGCAGUGGAUUGGUAGCACCGAAAUCGGCUUUGUGCUGGAUCACAUGCUCGGCUAUGAGUCCAGAUACAUAAUCACCAAUUCCGGAAGUGAAGUGGCGGAACGAGCGCGGGAGCUGAUGAUGCACUUUCAGACUGUCGGGUCGCCGGUCAUGAUAGGAGGAGGACAGCUUGCCCAUACGAUUUUGGGUGUCGAUUUUGAUGAAAAUUCUGGUGACUGUAUGUUUCUGGUGUUGGAUCCUCACUACACUGGAGGUGAAGAUCUCAAGACUAUCCUUACAAAAGGUUGGUGUGCAUGGAAACCACCUUCAUUCUGGCAUGCAGAGUACUUCUAUAAUAUGGUUUUGCCUCAGACGCCAACAAAUGUGUUAUGAUUUUACUUACCUUGCCUUUCUCAAUAUCUCUGUUCAUUUUUACCCAAGAGCGGAUUAACAAUCACGCUCAGAACUUUGAGGAGCUGAAAAUUAGCUUCUUUCCUUUGAGAGAGGGCAUACAAGGUGAUGAAGAAGGCUCAUUUUUCUCUUUUUCUCUAGGCACUGUGAUAUUGUUAGUUUCAACUUUUUAGCUACACCAUCUGUUUCUCUGCCCUUUAAUCGCUUCUAUAAGACAAUCUGCUAUCUCUGGUCUGUAUUUGUGCAUGGGUAUUAUGUAAUCUGAUGUUUGUUGAUCAAGUCUGUUGGAAUUGGUGAUUUUAGAACCUUACUAUCAAUACUUUCUCAGCAGCAUAAAUACAAAUUUGCCCAAAUUAUUAGUUGUUUGACACAAGUCAAACCUAGAAGAGCUACUCUAUCCAAAUAUGCUCCAAGUACGUAGCGAUUUGAACUUAGUGUUAGUCAAAGAUUUUGAUUUGCAGGUUAUAAAUAAUGCAGACGUAAAGUGAUUUCUUUUGGCGAGGUUUGCAGUAAGAAAGACUUAAUAUUACCACGGCAACCAUCGAAACACAUGCCGGAACCCGACUCGAAAUCUAUAAGGCAUGGAAUUGUUGAGAAGAGCGUUCAAUUGUCGAAGUUAUAGGAUUUACCUCCUGUUCAUGAAAUAGUAGAUUAUAGGAUUGAAGACGGUGGAUGACAUUCCCAACCAAUAGAUGUUAAUGUAGAUGUAAAGACCAGUCUGAAAAUGAU